UUGUGUUAGUUGUUGGUUUCAGAUGCAGAUUCUGGUGAAGACCCUCGAUGGGAAGACAAUCAGGCUCCAGGUUUCGAGUUCUGAUGCAAUUGAGCUUGUAAAAUCCAAGAUCGAAGAAGAAGAAGGAAUCCCUUCCCAUCAACAACGCCUCAUCUUUGCUGGGAAGAGACUACAAAAUGGCCUAACCCUAGCAGACUACAACAUCCAUAAAGAAUCAACAAUUUUCGCAAUCAUAAACCCAAGCAAGGGAGGCGACCAUAUCGAAUGUUCAGGCACUGAAAUGCAUAUUUUUCUAAAGACAAUUCGAGGAAAGACAACUCUUCUCCCCGUAAAGAGUUCUGAUACUAUUGGAAUAGUGAAAGCUAAGAUUCAAGCCCUUGAAGGAGUCCCGGCUGAGCAACAAUCAUUGGUAUUUAAUCUUCGGCAGCUCAAUGAUUACGAUACACUCGCAGAAUGUAACAUUUCCAACAAAUCAUCGAUUUACCUUAUCCGACAGUAUCCGACUGAGGCCAAGGAAAUAUUUGGAAUGAAGAUCUUUAUAGACAUUUAUGGGGAGAUGAUCAUGUUAGAGGUUGAGAGUUCAGACACAAUUUGGGCCGUGAAGGAAAGGAUCAAAGAAAAGUUAGGGAUUCGUAAGAAGCUGCAGGUUUUGGCAUUUGAUGACAAGAGAUUGAAGGAUAGUCAUAUCCUUGCUGAUUACAACAUCCAGAAUAAAUCAACCCUUCAAGUUGUGAAUAAGAGAACCCUCCCCAAUAAAUCUACAGUUCAUCGGAUGCUUAUGUGUUUUCACUUCUAA